UUUUCCCUGUUUCCCCAGUACCACCGUUUUGCUCUGUUGUGCUCACCAGUUCAUGCUUACGUUUGCUUUUGUAUGCAUCCACGUUCCCUUGCGCACUUCGUAGGCUACAGACAUUUCGCUUUAUGAAUCAUGGAGGAAAAAAUGUUGAUUUUUUUUUUUGUCUUUUUUUUUUCUAAAUGUAUAAAUAACAGGAAUCUCUCCUCCCGAUGCAGGUAUGGUGAUGGUGUAGUCUGUUGUACCUUUUUUCGGGGAACAAUACUGUAUAUCUCUGCCUUUAUCAGUCUUAAUUAUUUUACCUUCUGGAGAACUUGACAGAUACCCUUAGCACACAUGGAGUAUGUUUAAAAAAAAAAAAAAAAAAAGUAAUAUUUUACAACAUGUAUCAUUCCAAUAAAGUUUUACUUGUUAAAAUUACAACUACAUGGGUGCAUUUUGUUAGACGAUGGGCCUGUUACUCGUGGAUGUUCGACAGAGAGGGGUGGGUAGUUGACUAGCUUUUCAUUAAUCGACGCUGAUAAUGAAUAGCAGAUGAGGCGCAUUCUGGGGAGAGCGCGCGAAUGCAAAAGGACGCCAGUCUAAGUCAGUACGCCCUUAAAUUGCUCCCCUGGCGGCACAUUCCAUUUCGGGCAGUCCACCUUAAGCGCACAAAGUGAGCAACGCACGCGUACAGUGAGGUUUCCGUUCUCUCGAGUCUCAACUGGGCUCGGACCGCGACCGCGGCUUGGAGAAGUAGCGUCACAUCGGCAAGACUCAAAGAAUCCGACGAACCUGUUUGGGAAGAAAUGUCUGAACCAAGCUAUCGCGACUGGAUACUUGAGACGAUAGACUCUUUACGGUCAAGAAAAGCUAGACCAGAUCUUGAAAGAAUUUGUAGGAUGGUACGAAGACGACACGGGUCCGAGCCCGAUCGAACCUGCAAAGAACUGGAGAAACUGAUAGAAGAACAAACGGUUCUUAAAGUUAACUACAAAGGCUCAGUUUCUUACCGAAAUGCUGCUAGGGUACAAAGAAAUCGAAAAAAAUUGGGUCAGGUGACAAAUAGAUCAGUGGUAAAACAACCAGCGCUCCCAGACUCGAGCAACGACGACAGUGCCCUCGGUCCCACGGAGGAUGAGAUGGGGGAUAUGGAAGUAAUGCAUGGCAGCCAGUUUCAUGACUCUACGCUUGACACAACGGCAGAUUCCAUCGAGAUUGGCGAAGAUACAACUGAAAGUGUGUCCAUGACGGUAGACCUGAAUAAUGGAGUGGCACAGGAUGGCACAGUCAACACACAGGCUGAGUGUGGGAGCCCUGUGCCCCGCUCUAGGCAUGGAGAUGGCUCAGGUGUCUAUGCCCAACACAGCUCUCUUCCCCACACCCAGAGCUCUUCAUGCAAUGGCCACUGGCCUUCAGACAGGCCCAGCUUGGGCAAAUGUUCUUCCAGUCUGGCCACACUGAAGCGUGAGGGUUGUGAGGGCAAUGCUUAUCACGCAGAGCCCAUACCUACCGGAACACUUGGAGAGACAGGCGUGUUAGAGCUAGGGAGCCAGCCUCUUGCGGUCUGCCCGUCGGUUCAGAGGUGCGCCCUGAAGAGAGAGGAAGGGAUGAGAGCAGUAGAGAGUGCCGCCACACCGGAUCAGCUUGGGUCAAAGUGCAGCACUACACUGGAUGAGGCAAUGCAGGUUUCUAAAGGACAUUCCCACACGUGUUCCUAUGGCUCAGAGAAUGGUAAGGAGAGUAAAAAGGGGAUGAAGGUGACUGUGACCUCCACUCUGGAACAAGAUGCUGCCAUCAAAGAUUCAGAGAAGAGCAGAGAAGUGUCGGAGGGGCCGGGGGAGAUUGGUCCAGAUCCAAUGCAGUGGACUGUGGCAGAUGUCACCGGUUACUUCACCACAGCAGGGUUCCCUGAACAGGCACUGGCGUUCCGAACACAGGAAAUUGAUGGCCGAGCUCUUCUCCUGAUGCAGCGCAGUGAUGUGUUGACGGGCCUGUCCAUCAGGCUUGGGCCCGCCUUGAAGAUUUACGAGCGGCAUGUGAAGAUGCUACAGAGGAGGGUCUUCCAGGACAGCGACCUCGGAUGAUGGGUGGCAUCGCCGCGCACCCUCCUCUUAGGCAUCUGCACGGCAACUUGCAAAACUCUCUCUCUCACCCAUCCACUCGCUCACUCAUUCUCAGGUACGCAAGCAAGCUAGCCAUAAUGAGUCUGAGUGAGUCAGAACGGUUACCACUGGAAUGAUGUCAUCAAGCUGAGACACUUUAAAUCAUGUCAACCAGAGCUUAGGUUCUCAUCCUUCACCUUCAGAACUGACGGAGCACAGACCAUUCUGUGCGGAUGUUUCAGUCUCCCCUCCCCUAUCUCUGGGAGUGACCUCUGUACAGCUUUUACUUUUGCACGUGAGUGGAGACCUUGUUUUGUCGAUUCCAUAUAAUAUAUGGUUAAUGUAUAUAGUGUAUAUAGAGUUAGCAAGGUAAUGGCGACGCGGUACAGACACUGCCAUUGUCUUGGCGGAGCAUUCAUUUUGACCACUAGCUCAUAUAUAUAUAUAGAUAUAUGCUCUAUGUAUAUAAGAUGCCGGUGUUGCAUAACAAUAGCAUUUUAAUCUUUAUGUACUGCUAAGUCAGACAUGACUUGAUUUUACACAGGUUUCCGUUUUUAUUUGAAGGUACUUUUUUGUGCAUUCGAUGCAUGUGAAACAAAAAAUAAAAAGGGGGACGAAUAGCAUAUUUCUGUGUAACAUAUAUAUGUAUGAUGUAUGACAUUUUCAAGGAUUUAUUGUCUUUUUGACUUAUUCUUUCAAGUCACUGACCUACAGUUAAGGUUUUCAAGCCACCUGGUGGGGACAUUUCAUAUGAAGCAAUGAAGAGACUUCGAAUAAAUCAUCAUUUUAUAUCAACAACA